AUGGUGGAAAAACUACCGGACUUCAAGAAUAGCCUUGCUCUUCUCGAUGUGUUGAUUGACAAGAAGGAGAAGGAUGAACCAUUCGAAACAACAUAUCUGGUAGCCGAGGAAGUCUAUACGAAAGCCACAGUGCGGAAACCGGAGAAGGUAUCAAUUUGGCUGGGUGCUGGUAUUAUGGUGGAAUAUGAGCUCGACAAAGCAAAAGAGUUGCUGGUUAAAAACCAAGGAAACGUUCAGAAGUUUAUCGACUAUCACAGAACCGGAUUCCCCGUUCUCUCAUUCGCCGAAUUCCUAGUUCAUCCGAAAUACUCGUUCAUAUGA